UUGUUAAGGUAUUUUCACUUCAUUUAAUACAUCUGUGAAGGACAAAACAAUAUAUGGUAUAGAUAAAUGCUCUUUGCAAUUUUAGAAAAUUUCAAGACCAUAUGGACACCCUAUAUAUAUGCUGUGAAUAUGUAGUUUGCUAUUCAACUGUGAUUCAAUAAUAUAGUUUUCAUUAAUAUCUGUAAACUGUAUAUUUAUAUAGCGAAUGCUUAAAAAAAUACUGAGCUGAAUUUUGCAAUUCUGGUGCCAUUAUGGCUUUAUCCAGUUAUUGUGACAUAAAUUAAGAUGAGUCAAUACUUUGCGGGAUAAAAUUAAAGUUUUUGCUAUGCCAUUUGACUUUAGAAAAGUACGCUGAGGAAAAUUCUGUGCAAAUUUUCGCAAUUUUGAUUCUACUGUUGCUUAAUCGAGUCAUUGGAAUAUCACUUAAAAUAGUCAAUACUUGUGGAAAUAACUUGCAGUUUUUUUGCUAUGCUAGCUGUGGGAAAGUAUUCUGUAGUAAAUUCUGUGCAAAAUAUUGCAAUUAUGAUAAGGUAUUCAAUUCUGAGGUUAUUUGAUUUUGUUUGUUGAUUUUUGGUUUCCAAUGCAAUUUUUUUCUAUACCAUGCAUGGGUGGCAUAUCACUCAUCUAAUACUAUUUAUGAUAGCGCAGCAGGCCACACCCUUGACACACGAAACCAUAAACGAUCAUCUAAAUUGCUACAUGAUAUGUCAGGGUUCUGAGCAUUUAUUUUUUAUUUCCCUCUUGACGUAAAUGAUUUCUGGUUGUUAACUUAUUCUAUGCUGCUUUAAAUUUUUAUAAAUUUCUCCAUUACAAUGUAGCAGCUUCCCUGGCAAUCUUUUCUUGAAAUGCUCAAGUUUCUGGUGUAAAAUAAAGUUUCAUAAUCAACUUCACUUGCAGACUUGUCAAAUUAAUUGUUAUUUGUAUUGUGUGAAUAUUCUGCCAAAUUUAUACUUUACUCACAUUCUUGAAAGUUCACUGCCAGUAUAAUCUUCAUCUGUUUUGUGCGUGAAUAUUCUGCCAAAUUUCUGCUUUAUUGACGAUCUUGAGAGUUCCCUGCCAGAAUUAUCUUCAUUUAUUUCGUGUGUAAAUAUUCUGCCAAGGCUAUACUUUUUUCAUAUUCUUGAAAGUUUCUUGUCGUAAUAAUUUUCAUUCAUUUUGUGUGUAAAUAUUCUGCCAAAUUCAUGCUUUAUUUAAAUCCACGUAAGUUCACUGUCAGAAUAAUUUUCAUUUAUUCCCAGUGUAGAUAUUCUGCCAACUCUGUGCUUCGAUCACAUUCUUGAAGGUUCCUUGCCAGAAUAAUUUUCAUUUAUUUUGUGUAUAAAUAUUCUGCCAAAUAUAUGAUUUUCCCGAUUUCUUGAGUUUCACUGCCAGAAUAAUUUUCAUUUGUUUUGAGUGUAGAUAUUCUGCCAACUCUAUGCUUGGUUCACAUUUUUGAAGGUUCUUUGCCAGAAUAAUCUCCAUUUACUGUGUGUGUAAAUAUGCUGUCAAAUUAUGUCUUUGUUUAUGUUCUUGCAGGUUCUAAUUAUAUUGUUAACUUCAUGUAUGGCUUCAAUUAAACUAGAACUAGCAGAUUGUCUGGCUGAUAGCCCACAGACUCGGGCCCUUAUUGGAGUAUUUCAAGAAGAUGCAGAGGCUCUAACAAAUUAUGCACGCGGACUUGAGUAUGCGUUCCAGCGUAUCGCGUAUGCUCAGAACGAGUUAACAGCAGCGACGCAAGCAUUAGCGCAACAUUUAAGAGAAUUCGAUUCACAAAAAUUCACUCUUACCACGGAUAAUGAUUAUAUUAGUUCAACAAUGCAACAGCUUGCGUCGAAAAUCGAUCAAGUCUCAACCUUCAACGCCGUGCUCCAAACACAGCUAGUGGAGAAUGCGACGUACCAUAGUGGUCGAUUUGUCGAGAAAUAUUUAAUGCAAUAUCAAAAGUUGAAAGCGCAAUUUGAGUCACAAGAUAAAAUCCACCAGGAGGCGAUGAAGAGGGCAGCGAAGUUAUCCAAGAAACGAAUCAGCGAGUCAUCGUGGCAGGAAUCGACUGAUCAUUUACACAUUGCAAGAAAGGCUUUCCAUGAAACUUCAAUGAAUUAUUGUGCAACAAUGAAUCUGUUACAGGCUCGCAAGAAAACUGGACUCCUUACACCACUGGUUGGUUACGUUCAAUCACAAGUAGGGUUUUUCAAAAUGGGGGCGGAAUUCUGUCAACCUGAACUCGAAGAAUAUUUAUCAAAAUUAACGGAAAAUUUACAAGAAGUUGAAAAAGACACUGUUACUGCUGAACAAGAAAACGUUUUAUUAAUCGAUCGAAUAGACGGAGAGAGCACAAGAGCUUAUAUUCCCGACCCUCCACCUGCAAUGGACUUCCCUGAACUACCGGUAUCAAAUAAACUGACACAGAUAAGUGGAUAUUUAUUUGCCAGAAGUCACGGUGUCUUCAUGAAUCAAUGGAAUCAGAGAUACUAUUUCACGCAGGGAGGAAACCUAAUGCAACAAGGGAGAGAUGAGGUGGCCGGUGGAUUAGUGAUGGACCUGGAUGGCUGCACCAUUGUUCCUAUUGAAGCUGAUGAUAGAAGAUAUGUGUUCCAGAUAACAUCACAAGAUGGCAAACAGAAUGUGAUAUUACAAGCUGAGAGUAAACACAACUGUGCACAGUGGGUCGCCACUAUCAGUAAUAUUUCUAAAGGAUUGUACCUCGCUAACGAUCCGAGCAAAGCAGCUGAACUAAUGCAAGCAGCAAGCCAAUCUCCUGAGCCUGUUUCUCAACCUGCUGCAACUCCUGCUGCCAAUGUUGAGCCUGAAGUCGCUCAAGCGCAACCGAAAAAUGAACGGACUUCGUCUCAGUCAAGCGACUUCGAAGCAAAACAUGAAGCAUUUAAACCAGCAGGUAUGUUUGAAAGAUUAAAGAACGCGGCAACAUCCUUGAUGCAGCCUUUGAGUAAAAACGAACAGACCGGAACAGGCGGCAGCAGACAACCUUCUGGUGAUGGUGACCAGAUAUCACGAGACACCACGGACUCAGAUUUAGAAGCUGUAGUAAAUUCUGGGUUCCCAGUUCUAUUCGAUCUGCCGUCACCUGCGUCUCAGACCACACAACAACAAGAUGCCGGACAGAAACCAGCUGAAAGCCAGGAUAACGCCACUCAAGAAGGGUCCAUGUCUCCCAUAAGAGAGAAUCCUUUUGGAGGUGAGGAAGGAGACGAGGAAGCACCUGCUACAGAAUCUGGCAACCCUGUAUCCGACUCAAGCUUUCGUGCAAUGUAUGUUGUGAGAUUUAUUGGCUGCAAACAGGUUGAGAGCGAGAUUCACAAUGGCUACGCAAUCAUCUCUGAUUCAAUUCGUUCAAUAAUGGCAGCCCGAGCUCUUCACAACAUUUUUUCAAUGAAUGAGCUCCACCUAGUGGUUACUGAUGGUGCAAUACGAUUGGUUGAUCCAGCAACUCAACUUUGCCGGGAAACCUUUCCUAUCAAAGAAAUCCUGCAAGCCGCACAUCAUCGUGAAAAUACAAGACUGUUUGGCUUCAUUUCUCGUUCAACGUCUGUCAACACCGGCGUUGUGAAUACUUGUUACGCGUUCGAAAGUAACUCUGAUGGUGCCGAUGUCUGCUGUGCAAUUGCUACAGCCCAGGUCAUGGUUCAAAGUUUAAUCGAACAUGAUGAGAUUGAACGCCAGAAGGAGCUAGAGAGCGAUUUAGAAGAGCAAAGUAAAUUACUCGCUCAAGCGAAUCUCGCCGAUGAGAAUGAGUCAGCGAAUGAUGACACGGCGAAAUUGGAAGCUGAAGACCUAACAAUGCAAGACUCGUAAAAAUAUUAAAUUUCAUAUACAUAAUCAAGUUUCACACAAAUUAUAUUUCGAAUAAAGUUCAUGUUAAAGCUAUUUGCCCUGGGCAGGGAAUCAGUGAACUGCGACCUGGCAGAAUUAGCAUUUGCUAAAUUUGAUUGAAUUGCUCUGGCCAGUCAUGCUCGAAUUGAAAUUUCUUCUACAGAGUAAAUGAGGCAUGAUUGAGCAGAGGAUUAUAAUGAUUGUGGACUUUUGUGGAGUGGGUUUACCUUCAAACAUUUCAUAGUAUUCCCGGCUGGAGAAUCUAACGUACAGAAUCGGCAUGUCAGAUUAUACCUGAUGACAGAAGAGUUUGAUGUUGGGUGAAAGUCCCUAAACCCCAAGCCAUGUGGAGUUAUCCAGUCCAGGGCUUCCCCAACUUUUGGGCUCGCUACCCCUUCCAAUAUAUCAAGAUUUCUGCGACUUCGUUGGCAUUGCUUCUCAGAGGCGCACUCCUUACCACUUCAUGGUGGCUUCUGCCACGAACGCGUCGUCUCUUGCCAUAGUUUUAUGGCAGUGGCAUCGGUAUAUUCACAAAGUCAUAUACGAGAGUUUUCAGUUUAUCAUGCGAAAUUAUAUCUAGUUAAACCUCAAACCUAACCCUAAAACCAUCAAAACUGUAUCCAUAAGGAAAAUGUUCCAACUUAUCCAAAAAUUGUCACCAUCAGGGGCAGUCCUGCCAUUACAGCCAACAUGCCUUGGUUUGUGGUAGCGAAAUUUUACCCGUCAUUGGUUUUUAAAUUUGCUGCUGUGGUACCCUGCCUCACGCCAAUGGUUGUGGCAGCUAAGAAGUCAGCUGCCAGGGUUUGACCAUAGCGGCCAUGGUUUUGCGGCAGCUCCAGACGCCACAAAAAAACUGCACUCGGUUACUCAGGUCUUACAAUCAAAGUUGUUUUGACCAGUCAUGCUUCAUUGGUUUCUGUUGGCAGAAUACUUUGAACCCCAUAACAAUGCCAUUAUUCUGCCAAGUCAUGCUUGAUUAAUUUCAUAUCACGAUUGCAAUUACCACUUCAAUUUGCAAUUAUCGAUGUAAUGUAGAAAACAGUAUAUGUGUUUUGUGCCUUGUGUUGUCUAAUUUAUCAAACUGCUGAAUAUGUCUUUUAAAAUGGAAUUUAAAAGUAAAAGAAGUGGGGCGUGGCCAAGCAGAAUCACUCAUACUCGUUUGUAGUGAGAUUUAUUUUGACUAGUUAUGCUUCACUGAUUUCUUGUGGCAUACCAGUCAUGAUCCUAAUAGGGUAAAUUAUACUCUGUCUUGACUUUAUAUGUCAGGAUUGCAUUUUAAAAUUAUGGCUUCGAUAAAACGAAUUACGUAGUCACCACUUUUGAUGAACAAACUAAGUACUCGAAAUCUUUAAAACUCUCUACGUGGUGAAUUGAAAUAAUUAUACUCCAGAGAAGUGGUUUCCAAUUUAACAACAUUCAAUUUCAUUUAUACUUAUCGUGUUAUUAAUGUUGAGUAAAUGGAACUGGAUGUUGGUGGAAGCAAUACCCACUAGUCACAGUGUAACAAUGCGUAGCCCUGAGGUUUACACUUAAUUAUCCUCGCAUGCAACUCAAGCACUCUGUAUGUGCAACUAAUUUCAAAAUAUUUCCAACCUGAACCUUGAAUUUUUUUCUAUCCUCAUAUGUAUAGCCGAAAUUCUCACUCGUAAUCUUUACCUUAAGGAUUUGAACUCCCAACUCAAAAUAGUCUUUCAUGAGAGUAAUAUUUUUCUAGUAAUACUUGAUAGGUUUGUGGAAAUAUUAUAUAUGCGGAAAUAUUUCAGUGGCCCAGCAGUUAACCAUGGCCUACUGGUUGGGAACCGGUGGACAAGAUGAAAUUUUUCUGCUUGACAUGGCAUUUGAACUCGCAAUUUGAAGCUAUUAUGCUAAUAUAAACAGAUUGUUUACCCUUCUCUCUUCUGAUGAUCAUGAGUAACUUUUGAUAAAAAAUGCGCCCUCCCUCACAAGAAAUGUUACAUCUCUUUGUUCAAACGUGCAAGAAACUUCUGUCAGCUAUCAUUGGAAAGCUUGUUUUGGCCGCUUUCCAUUAAUUGUUGAUAGAGACACUCAGCGCAUUUCUUUCUAAUUCUAAGGCGAGGGUAGGAGAAAAAUUCGAAAAUCUUUUGGGAAAAUUAGUUUUAACUAUAAGUGCUGUAGUAAACACAUGCGAGAUUAAAGAAAUAUUCAACAAAUCCCGGAAGAAAGAGUGGAAUCCAGCAAUCCUCUCGCCUGUACUUUUUGGGCAAAAACCAGUCUCCGAC